UUCUUGAUUUCGAUCCAAUCCAAACGUCAUUUGACUAUCGUGCGCUAAGGUUGCUUUGUCGAAGGCGAUAUAUUUAAAGUCGUUGUGUCGUUGUUUCUGGAACUUUGAGUAAUUAAUUAGUGUUAGUGCAAGUGAAUAUAAGACAGGAUUAAACAUGGUGAAAGAGACAACGUAUUAUGAUAUUUUGGGGGUAAAACCUAACUGCACUACAGAUGAACUAAAGAAAGCAUAUAGAAAGUUAGCUUUGAAAUACCACCCUGACAAGAACCCCAAUGAAGGUGAACGCUUCAAGCAGAUCUCACAGGCCUACGAAGUUCUUUCCAAUCCGGAUAAACGGCGAAUUUACGAUCAAGGUGGAGAGCAAGCGUUAAAAGAAGGUGGCGGUGGAAGUGGAUUCUCUUCGCCCAUGGAUCUGUUUGACAUGUUCUUUGGCGGUGGCUUCAGUGGAGGCAGGCGACGUGGUCGUGAACGGAAAGGAAAGGAUGUUAUACACCAGCUGUCUGUUACUUUAGAGGAAUUGUACCGUGGUGCAGUUAGAAAGCUGGCCCUGCAGAAGAAUGUUAUCUGUGAGAAAUGUGAAGGCAGAGGUGGUAAAAAGGGUGCAGUUCAAACUUGCCCAACUUGUAGAGGUACUGGUAUGCAGGUACAGAUCCAACAACUAGCACCCGGCAUGAUCCAACAAAUCCAAACUGUGUGCUCUGAUUGCCGUGGCAUGAGGGAAAUCAUUGAUCCCAAAGACCGCUGCAAAGUCUGUCAGGGACGAAAAACUGUUCGAGACCGUAAAAUUCUUGAAGUUCACAUUGACAAAGGUAUGACAGAUGGACAGAAAAUUGUCUUCAGUGGUGAGGGUGAUCAGGAACCAGAAAUGGAGGCUGGAGAUCUUAUCAUAGUGUUAGAUGAGAAAGAACAUGAGUUAUUUAAACGUUCCGGAAAUGAUCUGAUCCUACGCUUAAAUAUAGAACUUGUGGAAGCGCUGUGUGGCUUCCAGAAGGUUAUCCGAACUCUAGAUGAUAGAGACAUUGUGAUUACUGUGAUGCCUGGAGAGGUCAUCAAACAUGGUGAUGUGAAGUGUGUGCUGAAUGAAGGUAUGCCGAUGUACAAAAAUCCAUUUGAGAAGGGGCAACUGAUCAUUCAAUUCUUAGUUAAUUUCCCCAACACAAUUCCGCCUGAAGUCAUUCCCGCAUUAGAGAACUGCUUGCCGCCGAGACCAAGGAUUGAAAUCCCCGAAAUGGCGGAAGAGUGCCAGCUGGUUGAGCUGGAUCCGGAGCAAGAGAAUCGCAGACGGCGUGCUCACCACGCCGCCUACGAAGAAGACGACGAUCACCCCGGCAUGAACCGCGUGCAAUGCGCUACCGGAUAGUCGCAGCCACACCGCACCGCCGCACCACAUGGACCUGACACAUGGUGCACUACCAUAAGCUCUUAUAGACUCGGUAAGGGGGUGUUCACCACAAAUGUAUUCUAAGAUAAUAACUGUAAAUCCCAGUGCGCUAGAUAGUUUUAAUAUAAAUUAAAUUAACUGCCACAAGGUACAAGAAAACAUACUACAUUGACUAAGUAUAGUGUUACUACAUUAACAUGUGGGGAAGGUUUCUAACCGGUGUGAUGUCGCAGAAACAAAUCAAUUCUGUGGUAAUUCAAUAACUAUUGAUUUUGCACGACUUUUUAAAGCUGUUAGUUGCGUUGUUACUGCAUUUGGUUGUGUAACACACUGUUCAAUCGACAAUUCGUUGUGCGACAACCUUCCGUUCAUACGACCCGGUCUAAAUCACACUAUAUUUGGGUAUCGCCUACACGUGGCGUAAUCACGUGAACUAAAAUUAGAUAUGAAUAGAAAUAAUCAAUUGCGCAUUGCUUACUCACAGUUAGUUACUAACAAUACAUUUGAUGAACACACCCUUACAAUAAAAGGGGAAACGAAUUCAGUAUUCAUAUCUCGCAAUCAAUAUAGAGAAGUGUUGUUUCUUAUUUCUUUACUUUUUUGUUGUAUGUGACAAAACUUUUUUGUUAUUGACUUUGUAUGAAAUAAUUUUAAUAGAUUAUUAAUUUGUAAUGGUAAAAUAUUGCCAUGUACAUUUUAUUGUGAUAACAAAACAUAGAUGGCUUCAUUUAGAAUGUAUUUCAAAAUAUCUUUUUCCAUUAAAUUAUAACAAAUUUUAACGAAAACUUCUCAAUAAAUAUAUAAUAAAUAACUAAGAAGCCUUGUAUGGUUAUUUAACUCUCAAAUGGCUUAACAUUUGUAUGUGUCAUUUGCAUUUAUUGAGGAAUAAAGAAAGUAAACAGAUAUCUAUAUUGUUUGCUAUUAAAUUCGUUGCCUCCAUACCUCUUUCAUUUACUUUUUUCCAUAGAAUCUAGUUAAAUUCAAACUUGUAAUGUAAUAAAAUAAUAAUCAUCAUAACUUAAUCGUGUUUAAUAACAUUUAAGUUGUGUACUUUUAUUUUCUUCAUCUUUUUACUGGACUGAUUGGUAUAGAAUGUACAGUUUAGUGCAAAUAUGUCCAUCAAUCUUUACUAUGCACUGAUGUACGUGAAGUUUGAAAAUGAAAGUAUCACUUCAUUUUCACCAAUAAAAAUAAUUUCCAGACAAUUACGGUAGGAUCAUGAUAAAUAGGUCCAUUAAUUUUAGGUGCAGUAGAUAAAUUCUAGUAACAUUCAAAUUUACUUACUGUGAUUUUUAUUUUUCCGAGAGCCUUGUUUCACAUCAACUACAUAACUGUUACUACAUAUAUAAAAAACAUAUUGUUAUCUCAUAUUCUUCAAGGAGAAAGACAGGGAUGGUAAUAUGGUUUGUACACCACAACAGUUAUCUAGAUUUUGCUCAUUCAAGCUUCCAUAGAAUUCAAUAAUGUACAUCUUAAAAUAUUUGCUUCAAAAUUAGCCUUCAUUGAUAAUAGAAACUGCAACAAGGCUCCAACAAUUUAUUAGAUUUAUUUAUGUGGUUGUAAGUUGUAGUGUGUCUAACUUAUAGUGGUUUGGUAUCUGAAAUGUAAAACUUGUGCAUUGCCUAAAAUUGAUAUUUGUGGCUUAACAUUAUUUGUUGUAUGAUAUGGUAUCAUGCAAACAGUUGGUCAGAUUGUAGGUGCCCUUUUGUGACUACUCCUGUAGAAUGUUAAAUUUUAUUGUAAAAUGCAUUAAAAUAAACAUUUUAUCUCACAUA